UCCACUUCCGGCUCGCGUUCUACUUCCGCCGAGCGGCUCCACUUCCGCCCAUGUGACUGCGGCCUGGUCAAGAUGGCGGCGCCCAGGGCGCUGGCGGCGGCACGGCGCGCUGUAACGGCGGUAGUACAUGGGAGGCGCUCAGCGGGAACCGGAGCCGUCCCUCGAGUCCCGGCUGAACGGAGCCGGCUCUAUGAGCACGUAAAGGAAGGGCUGAGCGCCAGGCCGCAGCUCGAUAUGGCGGCGUUGAACGAGAACCCGGUGCAGGCCGCGAGAGAACUGGAACGGAGGAAAGGAGCGAUGAGAGAGGGAGAACUGAGAGACAUCGUGAGGGACCGGGCCCGCUUGGAGGAGGUGCGUUCCACCAGCCGCCUUGAAGCUGAGAAGGAGGAGGUGGCCAUGGCAGUUUAUGGCCUGACCACCCACGCCAAGGACAAGCUGCAUACGGUCCCUGAAUACUCAGCACUGAGGGAUCGUGGCCGGGCUGUGAGGCUGCAGCUGAAGGAGCUGCAGGCAGAGGAGGCAGGGCUGGAUGAACGCUUCUAUCUGCGGGCAUUGCAGCUGCCCAACAGCACCCACCCCUCUGCACCUAUAGGUGAUGAGAGCCAGGCCCGUGUGGAGGUGGUGGGGGAGAAGCCAGCUUUCAACUUCCAGCCUAAGGGACACCUGGAGCUGGGGGAGGGGCUAGAUAUCAUCCGUCAAAGGAGGCUGUCCCACGUCUCAGGUCACCGUUCCUAUUACCUGUGUGGGGCAGGAGCUCUGCUGCAACACGCAUUGGUGCAAUUUGUAUUGUCCAAACUGCUGCCCAAGGGCUUCCUACCCAUGACAGUCCCUGACCUUCUACGUGGUGCUGUCUUUGAGGGCUGUGGGGAUGCAGCCAAUGCCACCCCAUCCCUGUAUAUUGCAUUGACCCGGGCUCGCUUUGAGGACCUCUGCUUGGCUGGCACCUCCGAAGUGGGGAUUGCAGGUUAUUUCAUGGACCACGCGGUGAGGCUGCAGGAUCUGCCUAAGACUAGACACGGGUGCGAGAGGCCGUGGCUGUUAUCGAGAUCCAUCAGUUCACUAAGGUGGAGGAUGUUUGGGGUGACGGCAGCAGAGAGUGGGGCUGAGAGUGAGAUGCUGCUGGACGAGUUCCUUAGGCUGCAGAAGGAGAUCUAUGCAGAGCUGGGCUGCAUUACAGGGUCCUGGAUAAUGCCGACGCAGGAGUUGGGGCUCCCGGCUUAUCGCAAGUUUGAUAUUGAAGCCUGGAUGCCGGGAAGGGGGAAAUAUGGGGAGAUCUCCAGCACCUCCAAUUGCACAGAUUACCAAAGCCGGCGGCUGAACAUCAUGUACAUGGAUGGGGCUGGGAAGCUGCGCCACGCACACACGGUGAAUGGCACCGCCUGCGCCGUCCCCAGGCUGAUUAUUGCCCUGCUGGAGUGCAACCAACAGCUGGAUGGCAGCGUCCGCGUCCCCCCGGCCCUACAACCUUAUGUGGGUCAGGAUGUGAUCAAACAACCCCCCCCAUUAUUACGUUAUGAUGGACCCAAUCAACCCGGGGGGGGCCACUAUGAGAGGGGGGGGGGGGCACGUUUUCCAUCUUAA